GAAGCGCUGUCAAAAGUGCGGUGAUAUGGAACGUUAGAUAGAAGAUUGCCUAUCGAUUCGAAUUAUGAAACUAGAAUUCAUGGGUGGAGAUGGAAACGAGUACGAAUUAAGAUAAUGGCAAAGUUGUGUUUUAUCGGCUGGUCUCUUGAAGCUCAUCCUUCUGUGCAACCCUCUCAUCGUCGCUUUCUCAAUAAAAAUUUUUGGGUACAACGAGAGCUGGUUCUUGUAUUUUUUUCUUCUAUCAAUUUUCUUCAAUAACCUAUUUGCAUCGAUUGUAAAGUUUUCGCUCCCCUCAAUUUAGUCAAAGAGCUGGUUCUCAAUUUCCUUUCCUCCCUCCUAUAUCUGCAUCUCUCUAAAGACAAACCCAUUCUAAACUAAACAAUUUCCAAAAAACAAUGUCUCCAAAAGAAUCCGCCAGUAUAUAUCAACCGAUCUCCGAAAUGGAUAUUGAAGAGAUCGAUCUUGAAAAUGACUCCGACACUACCCUCGGAUCACAUCGUGAAAAAUACACGACCACAAAACUAUCUCCGCCUUCGCGUCUCCGUAAAAUAUUUAAAGAUAAGAAAUCGAAUAGAAAAUUGAAUAAUGUUUUGAUGUGGGCACGAUGGGGUGUUGUUGUUUUGAUGCAGGGCUUGAUCGUAGUUUUACUAUUGAGGAAUGGAAAAAAUAGCGAGGCGCAUAAUGAGGAGGGCUGGGUGCCAGGAGAUACGGAAACUGGGGGAGAUAUUAAUGGGCUUUAUAUUCCUCAAUCUCAUAAUUGGACACUUCUUAAAGGAGAAGAAUCAUCUUUCUUCCCAAAUAUGACAAGUAAUGAUGAUCGGAUGCAAAUUCGUCAUAACUGGGAUAUGUUAAUGCCAUUGGGUAGUGGAACUGUCAGAAUUCCCGAUUACGAACAACAUCCCAUGUUAGGUAAACCUAUCGUCGACGACCCCAUCCGUUCCGGUCCCAUAUUCGAAGCAUCUUGGACCCAUGCUUUACAUUGCGUAUAUUCCCCUCUUUCUCCUAUUUCCAUGAAUCGCUUCGCUGACCACCACGAUAGCUCUACUACACGGUAGACACCUAUCAUCAACUGGUACUCUCUUCCGGACAAACUUUUGGGUUCGACGGCGCUCGAAACGAUAUGCAUGCCUCACAUUGUUUCGAAUAUCUGCGUAAUCAGAUAUUAUGCAUGGCAGAUAUGACGUUGGAGGGAAGCGAAAGUGUGCUUGAUGCUACGGGGGAGGGGCAAGCCCAUGUUUGUAGGAAUAGGAGGGAGGCUAUUGAGUGGAUUGAAGAGAGGAGGGUGGAUGAUAUCCAGAGUAUUGUUGGACCUUGAGGUUGAGAUGAAGCUGCACGGAUUAUUUGCCGUACAUGUAGGAAAUUGGGGAUAUAAAAUCGUAUUCAGACCUUCAUAAGAGCUCUCCGGUUGUCUGUAUGUUCUCUCAUGUGGGAUAAGAUCGAGCUGUCUAUUACACCAAGUUGAUUUGCAUUGGGUAGAGCUUUGAAUACUCUGAAACAAUGGAUACA